UACUGAAACUGUAAUAGGACAUGGCAACCAGCUUACAGCUUUAUAAGAAGAGUACAUUUCCUCCUCUUCUGAAUAUUUAUCAGCUGCCACAUUGCAGGAAUGAGAAUGACAAAAACCCCAAAAAGAUGAUGAAAGAUGACAACGGGAAGAAGAGGAACAACAAAUCAUCAUUUAGUGAUGAAGACAAAGAAGAUGCAAUGAAACAGGCCCUGCUAGAACAGUGUAUCCCUGGACAUCAAGUGCCCUACUGCAAAUUGUCUCACGAUGCUAAGUACCUCAAGUCUAUUCCACAGUCCAGUAAUUACCUGGUGAUAGGAUUGCAGAAUGAGUUAACUAGACUUGGAAUCUUAAAGAACCAGCAAGAUUAUGAAGACUUUUGGACACUGAUCCUAGAGGGCACUCACAGUUCACGGCUUAAAGAAAAACUUCAGGAUAUAAAAUUUAAAAUGGUUGCAGCUAAGUCUUUUCCUUCACAUCCUGUUGUGAGAACCGGUGCAGCACAGUCAGCAAAUGUCCUUCUGAGCAACCGAUGUGGGCAGCUGAAAACGAGCUCAGCUUCUCUACCAGGAUCAGUGUCCUGCCAACCACCAGCUCAUCAUCCAAGUAAACACCCGAAGGCCCAAGAAGAAACUGAGCAAAUAUUUCCUAAGCUGCUGCUUUCUUGGCUUUCUGAAUUGCAGAAAAGGCCUGAAGAGCAAUCCAGAACUCAGGAGGUGAGCAAACCUUGCAAAAGGACUAGGAAGCAUUUCCACCAUGAACGACAUCUGAUUUACUUGCAUCAUAUGUAUCAUCUCGCCCUUCUUAAUAUGACAUCUUCCAAGAGACUGCUGGAGAAAAAUGGCCAGUUCGCAGUUGCUGAAAAAGAGCACAGUGUCCAUGAUCUGAUGGAAUACUUGUUUCCAAGUCAUCAUAAACAACCUGGAAAUAGCUCCACUGAAAGAGGGAUAGAGGAAAGCACAUUUCCCAUUUUGCUAGACAGGAAACAGCAUGAGCUAUGUCACAGGGGCUUCUCCAAAACACGCAUCGUUUUUAAAGAAAUGAAAAACAAUUCAAAGGAGAAACAACAUGAAAAUAAAGGAGCUGUUGAAAUUUUGGAGGAUCAGAAAUACAAUAACAGCACCUUUGCCCCACAUGAAAUGAUCACUGUGCCUCUUACCAUGGAAGAUGUGGUUCUGAACAAUCCAGUUGUGGAAGCUAAGUCAACAGUUACCUACUGGACUAAUUAUGUGGACAAAGAAGAAUCCAUUUUCUAAAGAGGAAAAGGAUGACUAAAAUACAAACUCACAACAGCAAUAAAAGUGCAGCUUUAUGUAGAUCUUAAUGCUGUAUCCCACACAUACUGUGAUGUACCUAUAUUAUGAAAUCAUUGUACUGAAUGUAAUUCAACUUUCUACAGGCCAAAAUCUAUAUUGUAAGCUUUUAAGUAUUCACUAUAAAAUUAAAUGUGCUCAAUUUCAGA